GGGGGAUGGAAAAAGAAAGAAAUUAAAAUUGUCCCUGGCUUAUACAGUAUAAAGUUGCUUACAUAAAUAUGUAAACUGUGUUUCAUUAUGUAUUACAUCUUCACACAAACCUGUAAACAGCCAUACCGGCAGAAAAAGCAGCAUAAGCAUCCCGUGGGAGCCUGAGCGCAGGGUUAAAGGUCAUCACGGCGUCAAAGGGGCCGUCCUCCUCCUCCUCCUCCUCCUCCUCCCCUCAGCUUUCACUGCCCGCUGCACAAUGCUCUUCCUGCAGCUGAGUGCAGCUCAGACUCGCACCGCGGGAGGAAGUGCUGCUGGCUGUCUCUUCCUCUUUCUCCCUCUUUCCUUCCCCUAAACCCCCAGCCGCCCGCGGACGCUGGUUUUCUCCAGCACAAUCAGUGCUGUAGUGAUUUUAACACGUGAAGGAGGAGCUGCAGAAGCCGCUGGAGGAAGAAAGCCCCCUUCUAGACUUCCUUCUCCAGGCAGCGGGAGGAAACAGAGUCAUGGAGAGCGACUCGCUCCCUCCUCCGCCGACCUUCAGCCCGGCCGUGCCUCCCUUCGUCAAGCUGGGGCUGACGGUGGCCUACACCAUCUUCUACUCGCUGCUCUUCGUGUUCGUGUACGUGCAGCUCUGGCUGGUGCUGCGAUACCGACACAAGCGCUUCAGCUACCAGACGGUGUUUCUGUUCUUGUGUCUGCUGUGGGCGGCUCUGCGAGCGCUGCUCUUCUCCUUUUAUUUCAGAGACUGCGUGACCGCAAACACACUGGGACCCUUGGCUUUCUGGCUGCUCUACUGUUUCCCAGUCUGCCUGCAGUUCUUCACCCUCAGCCUCAUGAAUCUGUACUUCGCACAGGUCAUUUUCAAGGCGAAGUCUAAAUAUUCACCAGAACUUCAGAAGUACAGGCUGCCGCUGUACCUGCUCUUCCUGUGCAUCAGCAUCAUCUUCCUGCUGGUGAACCUGACCUGUGCUCUGCUGGUGAAGAUGCAAACGAAGGCUGACACAGAGACUGUAGUGCUGGUGCGUGUGGCCAUCAACGACACGCUGUUCGUCCUCUGCGCCGUCUCUCUCUCUCUGUGUCUCUAUAAGAUCGCCAAGAUGUCUCUGGCCAACAUCUACCUGGAGUCCAAGGGAACAUCAGUGUGUCAGGUGACUAUAAUCGGAGCGACGGUGAUCCUGCUGUACUCGUCCCGUGCGUGUUAUAACCUCGUGGUGCUGGCACUGGCCAAAGUCAAGAGCAUCCACUCAUUCGACUACGACUGGUACAACGUAUCAGACCAAGCAGAUCUGAAGUCGAUGUUGGGCGACGCUGGAUAUGUGGUUUUCGGGGUGAUCCUGUUUGUUUGGGAGCUGCUGCCCACUUCACUGGUGGUCUUCAUUUUCAGAGUCCGUAAGCCGGCUCAGGAUCGGAGCGUGUCAGUGAUCCCCGGCCACAUGUUCUCAUCUAGAGCUUAUUUCUUUGACAACCCGCGGCGUUACGACAGCGAUGAUGAUCUCGCGUGGAGCAUCAUCCCACAAAACAUUCAGGCCAGUCUUACGCCGGACAGUUAUGAUUGGGGUGGUCGAAACAACAGUUUCACCGCAAACGCUGAAGGUGAAGAGUCCCAUCUAGCACCAGAGGAGCUGAAUCCCCACUAGAACAUUCCCAAUGAGGAGUGGUUUUAUUUUGCACAUUCCCCAUCACUGAUGGGUAAUAUUACAUACCACAGAUGCCUUUACCGCUAUUUAUUACGGUAUUUAAUACAACAGUACAGCUCUGGAAGCAAAACUACCAAUCAUUUUCUCCAAAAAGAAACUUCUUACCACUAAUGUGCAAAGUUUUAUAUGUGAUAAUGUGUUUUUUUUUUGUGUAAAUGUGAUUUCAAGUGCACUACCCAGAGAUCAAUCAGAUAAGUCACUGUUACCAUGGAAACGGUUUCGCUCACUCCCAUGAAGCCUUGCGAAUUGAUCGAGUCGACCUCCCUACGUUCUACAUAGUAGUACUUGCAUAUUUAAAUAUUUUUGAUUAAAAUAUUUGUAUUAAGUAUUUAUAUUUUGUAUUUAAAUAUUUUAAUUUAAAUAUAAAUCAAAAAUUUCAGCACUUAUAAUCAAUGACUGUACAGUUGUUUUAUAUUUUUUUUUAUUUGCGAUGCAUCAUGGGAAUAGUAGUUGAGUGCCUCAUUAAAUAAAUGAAGCAUAAUUUCUAGUUCAAACACAAACUGAAAUACUAAUUACAUUCAUUAAAAUUAUUACAUCCUCUAAUAUUUAUAAUCAAUGACUCUAAGCCAGUAGUUUAAUAUUGUAGUUGUUUUUGAUUCAAAUUAUUUGCAAUGCCUCUGGGAAGAGUAGUGCAUUGCCUCAUUAAAGAAAUGAAACAUAA